CGUCAAUUUAACGAUUGGCCAUAUUCAAGUGAGUGGUGAGUUCUAAUUAUUAAGGUAUAUGGCUGCCUCCACUUUGACGAUCUGUAGUGCUGCAAUGAGCACCAACGGUGCUACUGCAGCUGGCGCCUUACUGCACUCAUCUCCUCCAUCCGCCGCAGCUAGAUUCGUACCGUCGUCUCAAACCAUGGCGAUGAUGAUCAAGAAGGCUGGAGCAAUAACCGGUUCGACCACAGAUCGCAGCAUCCACUUCGGAGGACGAACCUUCGACAAGGCUGGAGCUGCGGGUUCGACCGGAGGUGACGGCAGUCUGAUUCCAUGGGACGUAUUCAGCAAGGCCAAAGCUACUUGUCCGACCACAAAUCACAUCAUUCAUGUCGGCAAGGCUGGAGCUGUUGGUUCGACCAAAGGUGACGGCAGCCUGAUUCCAUGGGACGUAUUCGGUAAGGCCACCGGAGCUACUCGUUCGACCACAGAUCACAUCAUUCACGUCGGCAACGCUAGAGCUGCUGGUUCGACCGAAGGUGACGGCAGCCUGAUUCCAUGGGACGUAUUCGGCAAGGCCGGGGCUACUUGUUCGACCACAUAUCAUAUCAUCCACGUCGGCAACGCUGGAGCUAUUGGUUCGACUGGAGGUGACGGCAGCCUGAUUCCAUGGGACGUAUUCGGCAAGACCGGAGCUGCUUGUUCGACCGGUGGUGACGAUGUUGGCAUUGUCCUCCCUGGGCUUAAUCGGCAAGGCUAAAAAGGCUUGAAGCGGCGGCAAAAUUGAAACGGAUGGUGUUGUUAAUUUCAACCGGAGGUAGUAACUACCGCCUUACGGGCUACGGCUCGUCCUUUGUGCCAUCCGUUUUUGAUACAGAUGUCACAUGUGUGUCCGUUCUCUCCUUUAUCUUUAUGCUAUCUAUGCUACCUGUUCGUAUUUGUGAAUGUUUUCCUUCAAUUGUUUCCUUUAUUAUUGUUGAGAGACCAUUUAGGAUCCGAUGGCUAAAUCAUGUGAAGCCAAUCAAGUA